CGCACAAAGUUUCUCCACAAACCUAAAUUUAGUAUUCACCUUCAUCUACGAUUUAGGAGUUAUAGUCGACCCAAUCGGCGUUUCCGACGGAACCUCUCGCCGUUCCGCCGCCGUCAACUACCGGAACAAUGGGUUUACUUUUUAAGAUGUACCCUAACCUAAAUGGCUCCUAAGUCUCGAUCUAGAUCUGGAUAUCUGCGGCAAAGUUGUGUAUAAUCGGAGAUGAUGCACUCGGGUCGGGUUCUGUACUAAAUCUACUAUCCUUCUUCCCUCAAAGAAUAAAAUUAGGAUUGGGUGCAGCGGCUUCCCUUGCCGGGCUGCUGAUAAGCUACACAUAUAUCUCUCCAGGGAUUUACUGUAAAUAUUGGCAUUUCAUAGAUGGAAGGGCACAUAGGUGAAGCUCUAAAAGCUAAGGAAAUUGCUGAGAGGAAAUUUGCAGAGAAAGACUUUGUGGGUGCAAAGAAUUAUGCUUUAAAAGCUCAAAAGAUGUGCCCUGAUCUAGAGGGCAUAGCUCAAAUGGUGUUAACUUUUGGAGUUCACAGUGCUGCUGAGAUGAAAAUCAAUGGAGAGGUUGAUUUAUAUGCAGUCCUAGGACUAGACUCAUCCGCGGAUAAAUCCAGUGUAAAGAAACAGUAUAAAAAGAUGGCCGUUAUGCUUCACCCUGACAAGAACAAAACUGUUGGAGCUGACAGUGCAUUUAAGCUUGUUUCUGAGGCACGAGCCGUACUAUCUGACAAUUCUAGAAGAAUGUCUUAUGAUUACAAGAGAAACACAAACUGCCUUAACAAACUUGAUACGUUUUGGACCGUGUGUUCCAACUGUGACGUUCAGUAUGAGUAUUUUAGGAAGUAUGAAAACAAGAAACUUUCUUGUAAGAAUUGCCGUGCAGUUUUUACUGCUUAUGAAACAGGAUUGGGCCCAGCUGAUAGUGUCUAUCCGUACUACUCUUGGGCCAGUAAACGUGAGAAUGGACACAAUUUCGGACAUGGAUCCGACUAUGCUUCAAAUUUGUCCUUUCAGUGGGUCCCCGGAAACUCCUUUGGAGUCACAGUUCCCCAAAGGGAGAAAAUGAAGGGCACUGAACAAAGAGAUCACUUGAAACAGGGGGCCAGGCGUGGUAGGCCUCCAAAGAUAAGAAAAGUUGAAUGUGAAGGAAAUCACAUCACCAAUAUCAAUAAUUGUAAUGGAUCUUCUCAGACUGCUGCUAUGGAGGUCAGAUUUGCUAAUGGGAAUACAAAUCCGAAGCAUUCCAAGAUUUGCUCUGGGUUUGAGGCUGCUUCCAAGCGCUCCAUUGCCCCUGCUUUUGAUUCAAGACAGUUACUGAUUGACAAGGCCAGAACAGUAAUUCAUAAGAAGCUGGAAGAGAUGAAGGUGGUAGAGGAGAAGAAGAAACCCCUUGGUGAAUGUGGUGAGGAUUCCAAUAAAAGACCCAAAAGACCUCAAUCACAACUUAGGAGAACGGGAUCAAUGACAAUAACAGUCCCCGACUCGGAUUUCCAUGAUUUUGACAAAGACAAAACAGAGGAAAGUUUCAAACCAAGGCAAAUAUGGGCUCUGUAUGACGAAGAAGAUGGAAUGCCACGCUUGUAUUGUCUGGUCAGGCAAGUCCUCUCUCUAAAUCCAUUCAAGAUUCACAUCAGCUACUUAAGCUCGAAAUCUGACAGUGAAUUCGGGACAGUGAAUUGGUUGAGCUCCGGUUUCACCAAAUCAUGUGGACAUUUUAGGGCAUUUAACUCAGAAAUUGUUGACCAGGUCAACCUUUUUUCUCAUCUUCUUAGUGGGGAGAAGGCGGGUAGGGGAGGGUGUGUUAGAAUCUUUCCCAAGCGUGGGGAUGUAUGGGCAGUGUACAGAAACUGGUCGCCGGGUUGGAACAGAACAACCCCGGACGAAGUUAGGCACCAGUAUGAGAUGGUGGAAGUGCUUGAUGACUACUCUGAAGAAACCGGCGUGUCUGUUGCUCCUCUACUCAAAGUGGACGGAUAUAAGACGGUUUAUAAAAGGAACAGUGAGAAAGAUGCCAUCCGUUGGAUACAAAGAAGAGAGAUGUUGUGUUUUUCACAUAUGGUUCCAUCUUUUUUCCUGAAAGGGGACGAAGGUGGGACCCCCACCAAGCCUAUGCCAGAGGGUUGCUGGGAUCUUGAUCCAGCUGCCAUCCCCGAUGUUCUUCAAUCAGCAAACGAACACGAACUGCCUGAGAGUAAAAUGGAUUUAUGCCCUGAAACAGAGCUUUGUGGACUAAGGAACGCUGCAAUGCCAGAUAUGUCACAAGGUAUCUCGGACCAAGAAGUAGUAGAAGAAGAAGACCGAUUCAGACCAGCCAAUGAGGUUGCUUGGUUCAUGACGGAUGUGCAUAAUAGAGAGAAACAUUGUCAAACGGAGCAUAUGAGCUCUACUCUAUGCCCUGGGGAGCAUCUCCGUGCUGUAACAAACGCGUAGGCCGAAAGCAAGCAAAGGUGUACAGAUUUGAAGUUGAAACCCACACAGCUGUGACUCUGUGAGGAUCACAAGUGAUCCGUGUAACACAAUGGCCUCCCUGCUGUUUGAGGUGGCUCUGUAUCCUGUUUGUUUUUUUAUUGCAACUUUGUACAUAAUUAUAUUAUAUUUAUCUUUUUCUCUUCAAAUAAAUAUCAGCUAUUAUC